GCGGAGGUGGGGCGGGGCAGGGACGUGCUGCCGCGUCCUCACCGGCUCGCUGGGCGGCGGCGGAGCAUGUGUAAGUUGCUGAGGUUGUUGCUGGCUCGGAAUUCGAUUAGUGAAUGCCUGGCCGGACCGUGAGGCCGGCGUCUGUGAGGACGCGGCAGUGGAGGGAAAGGGUAGCCGGAGACCGGUUGGGCACCCCUCUCGGAAGCUGGACGGCCCCGGUUUCGCGGGGGUUGCCGCUCAGCCAGCGGCGGGGAUCAUGGCAUCGCUGGCGGACCGAGUACGGGGCAACGGGCGAAUAGCCGCCGGGCUCUUGUUCAACCUGCUUGUGUCCAUCUGCAUCGUGUUCCUGAACAAAUGGAUCUAUGUGCACCACGGCUUCCCCAACAUGAGCCUGACCCUGGUGCACUUCAUGGUCACCUGGCUGGGCUUGUACAUCUGCCAGAAGCUGGACAUCUUUGCUCCCAAAAGUCUGCCUCCCACCAAACUCCUCCUUUUGGCCCUCAGCUUCUGUGGCUUUGUGGUCUUCACCAAUCUCUCUCUGCAGAACAACACCAUAGGCACCUAUCAGCUGGCCAAAGCCAUGACAACGCCGGUGAUCAUAGCCAUCCAGACCUUCUGCUACCAGAAAAGCUUCUCCACAAGGAUACAGCUCACGCUGAUUCCUAUAACCUUAGGUGUAAUCCUAAAUUCUUAUUACGAUGUGAAGUUUAAUUUCCUUGGAAUGGUGUUUGCUGCUCUUGGUGUUUUAGUUACAUCCCUUUAUCAAGUGUGGGUAGGAGCCAAACAGCAUGAAUUGCAAGUAAACUCAAUGCAGCUGCUGUACUACCAGGCUCCAAUGUCAUCUGCCAUGUUGCUGGUUGCUGUGCCCUUCUUUGAGCCAGUGUUUGGAGAGGGAGGAAUUUUUGGUCCCUGGUCAGUUUCUGCUUUGGUUAUGGUGCUGCUAUCUGGAGUAAUAGCUUUCAUGGUGAACUUAUCCAUUUAUUGGAUUAUUGGAAACACUUCACCAGUCACCUAUAACAUGUUUGGACACUUCAAGUUCUGCAUUACUUUAUGUGGAGGAUAUGUUUUAUUUAAGGAUCCACUAUCAAUUAAUCAGGGUCUUGGCAUUUUAUGUACAUUAUUUGGCAUUCUUGCCUAUACCCACUUUAAACUCAGUGAACAGGAGGGAAGUAAAAGUAAACUGGUACAACGUCCUUGAGAUUUUGUGGAGAAAAGAAAGUUGCCCUCAAGAAGACAAAGAACAAAGUGUGUAAGUUACUUUCAAAAAAGGAAAAAACAAAAUUGCAGUGCAAAAUUCACUGAAUGAUUUACAAAUAGUAAUGCAAAUUUUAUUCAUCAAUAUGACUUUUUUUAAGUACCUUCCUUUUGAACUUAAUUCUCUAAAACCAAAAUGACUUAUGCUUCUUUUCAAAGUUGGUUGUGUGAAAUAUAUAGAAUGGUUUGGUUAUGCCAGAUAGUUGAAAUUGGAAGUUCUGAAGUGAUGACAGAGGAGUUUGUAUUCCAGCACUGCAGAUCUGCUGCGGCUCUUCAGGGUUCAUUAUCUUCUGAGGAAGAGCACAUUGGACUCCUACUUGCUAGUAGAUGGUUUCCCAGUGAGAUUUAUUAUGAUUUUGUUGACAGUGUUUAAGGGGUUCUGGGGAUCAGACCAGUGCCUCACACUUGCUAGACAGGUGCUGCACUGCUGAACUGCAUCCCCAGCCCAGCCUCAAAUCAGAACGUAAAUCUAGCAUUUCUGUUUUAAUUGGUUUAGUGGGAUGUUUUGAUUAUUUCAUUCCUGGAAAUGAAAUUUUUAUAAAAACAAAAUGUAAAGGAGAAAACGACAAUAAAAACCAAAUCAAGUUCUAAAAGUACUACUUUUCUAGUAGAAAACUGAUGUAAGAAGUCUUGCAUUUGGGGACAGGGUUGUGGCUCAGUGGUAAGAACACUUGCCUAGCAUGUGUGAGGCACUGAGUUUGAUUCUCAGCACCACAUAUAAAUAAAAAUAAAGGUCCCUUGACAACUAAAAAAAUAGUAACAAUAAAAAAGAAGAAGUCAUGCAUUUUCAGACCAGGCUUGGUACAGGAGGCUAACAGAAGGAUCACUUGAGUACAGGAGUUUGGGACCAGCUAUGGCAAUAUUGGGAGACCCUGCCUUUGAAAAAAAAGUCAUACAUUUAUGAAAAAAAAAAAAAACUGCUAUUUUGUCUUGUUUUUGAGCUUUCAGUAAACUCUAGAAAUUAUUGUGGAGUUAAAAACAAUAA